ACAUAUGUUAUUUAUAAAAUUACGCGUCGAUCACGAAUUUUGGGGGCAUGCUGAUAUAUUCAAAUAUAUCGCUGUAUGUCAAAAAAAUAAAAGACGCAUGUUUCAUAUUCUUAUUUAAAGAAAUUGAAGGUUUUCUUGGUUUCGAAUUUUAUAAAAAGCAUUUUAAAAAAAUAUUUCGAAAAAGAUAAUUGAGAAAUCGUUCGACGCUAUUUGAUAACGAUACCGUUUCUUCAGUGAAUAAAGGAGAAAUAAUCAUCGUUUGCGAACUUAACGAUAAGACUGCAAGGACUUUGCGGUAUUGAAUGAAGCAACGGUGUUGUGUCGAAGGUAAAAUAAUGAAGAAGCGACGACCGUGCACCUGGAACUCAUCUCGUUUAGCAAAAAGUUCACCGAGGCCUUUUCACGUUCGCGAGUUCGACAAUUUUCCUACUGAAACGAAAAGCUUCCACGAAUUGAAACAUCUGCAAAAGUACAAUUCAAAGUCGCAGAAGAAAAACGCCAAAUUGAACGAAUCCUCUUUGAAAAGAGAUGCAUUUGGUUCAUUGGAAUCUCUGUUCGAUUUGAAGAAGCCCCUGAAUUUACCUGAAAUACAUUCGUUUACGAUCGAGUAUCAUCAGGAGGGACAUGUACCUUUGUACAAAUCAAAAAGUUUCAAGAAUUCUAAACAUAUCGUAGAAUCGGUGCUUUUGCAACAGACAGCAGAACUUGAGCCACACAUUCUUGAACGGACCCACGAGGCAGAUGAUCAUAAAAGGAAGGAGGAGGAAGAUAAGCAGGAGCCAAAUUUAGAAACGUUAGAGACGCAAGAACGUAAAAGUGAAAAUUCAGAAACGAAAGAAUCAUUAAACAUGGCUGAGAACGAGUCACAAGAAUUUCCUGAUAACAAAAGUGACAGAAUCUCACUAUCAAAGAAAUCAUCAUCAAGAGUCGGAUCAAGACAUAGCGGACUCGGAUCAAAACAUACCGAAGUUGGAUCAAGACAUACCGAAGUCGGAGAUAAAGGGCUGGAAGCCACGAUUAAAGAGAUAUCAAAUACUGGAACAGUCGGGCAAUGGGAUCAGGUUCCUCCAUUUUAUCCACUUCCUCCUGGCGUUGGUGAAGGUGCGUCGAUUAAACCUGGUGGUCGACAGGAAUCCAUGUUGAGCUCAUCACCUUUUACCGAUAGCACUGUAAAGUUAGAAAUGAAGAAUGCUGAUGAACGUUGUGCUGUACUUGCAAAGGACAUCGAGCAACUAAAGCUAGAGAUAGCUGAACUUUCAAAAAAAAAAGAUUUAACGAGCGAAGAUACCUUAACUAUUCAGAAAAAGCAAGAUGAAGUUAUGAGGAAAUUGGCUGAAUUCGAACAAAUAACACGGAAGUUGCAACGAUUAUUAGGCUUGGCCGAUGUCUCGAGCACCGCCUUUGCAAAAAUGUUCGACAUGAUACCGCAACCGUAUUCGAAACUCAGCUUGGCCAUUGCCGAAGAAGAAGAAGAAGUUGCAGCGCAAGAAAAGAUCAGAGAUAAAAUAGACAAAGAAGUGUCUGCGACAAGGAUAUCAAAGCCCGAGGAUCGUUUCGAUUUGCCUCAAAUAGAGUAUCCUGAAGACAAGCUUCCGAGAGUAAUCGUUUGCGGGAACACAGAGGACGAAAUUCCGAAAAUUGUUGUAGCAGAUAGCAAGAAGAAAGGAAAGGAAAGUCUCCAAACUUUGACGGGAAAAUUAACAGAAUCGUUAACGAUGCAAGAGAAAUUGGCAAAAGAGAAUGCCCAGUUAGAAGGUGGCAAAUAUAAAUUAGAAGAAGCGUUGCUAGAAAAGGAUUCUGCCGUUGAGAGUUUACAGAGGAAGGUAUGCGGGCUACAGGCUGAAAUGAGAAUAGUAGUGAAGGAAAACGUGGAAUUGACACGUCAGAUAGCUUGCUUGAAUCAACGAGUCACUAGUCCUUGUUGUUACACCUGUCCAGGUGCAAUUUCGUCAGGAGUAUCAAGUCCGUGCCCUUUACGCUCGGUUUCAUACACCACUACGUUACAGCAAGACGACGAUUAUUGUCGAUGCAAGUGUUGUCUUCAACCUGAUUCUUUAUCGCCAAUCGCUAACGCCACAAGUGUGAAAGCCGGGAGUCAUACAUGUGUACCUAGCGAAGAUUCACCCAGACUUGCGGGCGGUGCAUCAGUAACAGGUGCUUGUAUUACGAGUGGUGCAUCUUCCCAAAUCGAUGAAAUGUGUUGCCGAAGUCCUGCUGUCGCUAAAUCACCAUGCGUCCAACCACCUCCGAAAAGCGUCUGCCCUGCAGAAAUAGAGAAUAAGAUUGCAGCUUACGAGAGCAGUAACAAACAGCUAGAACAACAAUUAGGCAGUAUGGAAUGCGAAGUACGUAACAUGCAGAUGGAACUUGCUAAUGUACAACGAGAACGUCAGCAGCUGGAACAACAACGUAAGCUGUUGAAAUGCACCGCUCCUUGCGCACCUUGUGGUUGUUGCCCUCCUUCACCUAUGACUCUUCAAGGCUCAAGUCCUCCGCCUUAUGUACCACCUCCAACAUUACCACCAGUUCUACCACCAUCGUCCUCUGUACCUCUUUCUAAGAUGCCACCGCCUCCUACUUCAACUUGUACUGGCUCCUGUAUAAAUGCUCCCAUGGGAGCUAGCACAUGUCCUCAGCAGCAGUUACGUGAUCUACGCGAGCAAUACGCACGUCUACAAGAUGAUUACAAAAACAAAUUAUGCGAGGUUUCGUGUUUAAGAACAGAUGCCGAGAAACUGAAGCAGCAAACACGCGAAACUAUCGAAGAGAAGGAAAAAUUGGAUAUAAAACUGAUCGAUGCUCAGGAACGUUUGAAGGCACUAGAAGCCGAAAAAGAUAAAUACGAAGGUUUUAAGGAACAAAUGAUUGAACAAGAACAAGCUCUUAUCGUUUUCAAACAACGCUUUCGAGAAGCGCAAGACGAACUUGAAGAAUUGAGAUCUAUGAUUCAAGAUCAAGCCGCUCAGUUGGAGGAUUAUCGCAACAAAUACCUACAGGCACAACAACAAGUUGAAGAGCAACGCCGGCAACUUGAUCUCAUGGAAAUGGAUAAUGCACGAAUGAAUGAAAACGUGACUCUGGAAAUAGGAAGAGUUAAAAAUCAGUUUCAAGAAAAGCUUGCAGAAUUGGCGCCAUUGCCAGACAUUCUAAAACAAACUCAAGUGAAACUGCAAGAAGCGCAACAAAUGCGUGCAGUCGCCGAACGAAAUUGCGAGGAUCUUUCACGAGAAUUGUUAGCUACCAAAGAUAAGAUGCAGGCUUUGCAAAAUCAAUUGGAUGUGAUGCAUAACGAGUUUCAACAGCUUCAAGAUGAAAGAGGCCAUGGUUCGGGUCGAUUCGAUGAAUUGGAACGAAAAAAUGCUGAAUUGCGACACGAAAAUGAACGUAUGAAAAACACGCUUGCUAGGUUCGAGGAACACGAGGCGCAGCUACAAAAGCGCAUCGAUGAAAAGAUGCACGAAGUUACUCAAUUAACAGCAAUGCUUGAUCAAGUCCGAGAAGAUUCCGCAAGACAAGUGGCAAGAACUAAGGAGAGGUGUGAGACUGCUAGAAGAACGAUGCAAAGUCAGAUAGCGGAAAUGGAAAGACAAUUGGCUCAAUGUCGAGCCACUGCAAGAGCUGCACAAAAAGACAGAGAUGAAAUUCGACAAAAAAUGCAAGGUCAAAUAAACAAUCUGAAUGAGGCAUUCGAACAAGCUCAGGGUCGCAUAAGAUCACUGCAGGGACACGUGAAUUAUCUGAAGACAUCCUAUAGCAACAUCUUUAAAGGACAAGGAGAGAUGCCACCUGGAGUUUUACCUGGAGAGGCUGGUACAGGAUUCGAUUCCUGCGACUGCAACUAUUAAAUAAGAAAUUAUUCAGUAUUUUAUUGAUAUCGAAAUAAAAUUUUAAUGAGGCGAUGAUCGUCGUCUCACUCGGUCACGUAAAUUACAUGUUCAAACAUUGUCGGUCUAUAAUUGUAACAAAAAUUUCUUACUUAAAUUAUAAAAAGAAAAAAAAAA